AUGGCGUCACACGACAUCGUUCCUAGAGGCGAAGCUGACUUCGAUCUUUACCCUUACACGCCCUCAGCAGGCGCCGGCUACACAUUUCUCAUACUAUUCGCGAUCGGCGGCCUGACGCAUCUCAUCAUACUCAUUCCGUUACGAAGUUGGUUCUUCAUUCCAUUCGUUCUGGGCUGCGUAGGCGAAGCAGCCGGCUACUACGGUCGCGCCUGGUCCUCACAGAAUAUCCGACAAGGCAGUCCCUAUCUCCUCCAACUCAUGCUUAUCCUCGCGGCCGCACCACUUCUCGCAGCCACCAUCUACAUGACGCUCGGUCGCCUUAUUCGCUCUCUCGAUGCUACGCACCACGCUGUAAUGAACCCGCGCUGGACGACGAAGAUAUACGUCAUCAUCGAUAUCGGAUCCUUCGUAUGCCAGAUCAUGGGGUCUGCGAUGCAAGCUUCCGGUGACCCGGACGGAGUGAAGACUGGAACCACCGUCGUCAUCGCAGGCCUAGUAACAAAGCUAAGAGAUCUGUCAGAAAAUAUCGCCUCCAUCAUUGUCAGCAAACAGUCCAAGGAUCUCUCCAAGGCGGGAAUAACCGAUGUGUAUAUCAUGAGCCGCAACUUGAACACCACCGCAGUCAACGGUACCGCCGCCAGCGGUCCGGCGUAUCUCCGCAUCUUCUUCCAUAUCGACUACCAAUCGAUUACAGUUGUUAAAGCGAAGAUCGAGAACGGGAAGAACGCGAUCGGUGCGCUUAUCGACGAGGUGGACAAGGUCAUAGAGAGCCUCAUGGAAGACUCAUAG